AUGAACGAUCCUCUUCGACCUAGCCUUGAACAAUCCUCGAUCAUCCUCGACAAGUCCCGGCAUUCGUGGGGUGCUCUACUUGCCUGGGCACUCUCUACCAGCUGUUUGCCUUUGUCCUGCGCCAACACCAGCAGCCUUCUGCAUCAGACACCUUCUCUCCCAAGUCGAUCAAAGAUCGAGGAAUCAGCUGGGGAUACUUCGCUGUACCUAGAGGGUUUCUCAGUCUGGGGCCUUGGUUCGCCCAAGUGCGAUCUCGCCGGCAAGACCAAGAAGUCACGACUUCAGAAAGUUGUGAUUGCAUCGAACCGCCCAAGAUUUUGUCACAUUUCAAACGAGUUUCCUUCAGGAUGGCCGGGGUUCGAGGACUGCCCCCGCGAUAGCUCGACAGGAAACUAUGUCUCUGUAUUUGUUUUAGGCUGGUCCUAUGUCCUUUCCGCACGACUUGUCGAACUGCGUCGGGAGUCGGACAAGGACAAAAUCUCCUACACUGAAGAGAAGGCCUCGUUGGAUACCUCCGAAGGACCACUUUCUCCCAAUAACGGAUUUACUAUACCCAUUGGCGGAGUGGAUCUUCCAGAAUGCCGAUGGUGGACAGCCAUCCUCGCCAGCGGAUGCGGAUGGCAGACUGUCCUUUAUCGUUCUGGUCGAGAGUUUUAUCCUUCGUGGUCGUGUCACCUGAAUUGUGAUGAGCGAUUCCAAAUUCGCUACGACCGACCGAAUUGCUAUCUACCCAUGUUAGGCCACCCUCCGUCCUCCACACGGGCGCAGGAAUACCUCUACAAUUUCGCCAAACUACACAACGCAUAUGACCAACUUCUGGCUGCCUUUGUUGCAACGCUAACAAUUCCUGAACACGGAAGAUUUGGCGCCCCUGUCGCAUUACCUCGACCAAAGCCUAUGUUCACAAUCGGCGCGGGUACGCAUUCGACUUUGCUAAAUCUGUUGCCUUCCACAGAUCACCUACCGCACUUGAUGGCGUUGAGCUGUGUACCAAACACAAUAACUUCCUGUAUGCUCGGUUGUCUUUGGGAGCCACGGGUGACUUGCAAUCUUGCUAGUCAAUGGCUCUACCCUAUCCUGCAAGAGGUGGUUCCAUGUUUGAUCCGGGAGAGGCAAUUGUAUACCAUUGUCCGAAUAAUGGCCGCACGUCGACCAAAUGCUGCCCCUUUGUGGCUGGGCUCGGCAAUUACAGGUCUACUGCCUAGGUUAUUCGAGAUUGCUGGUGCGUAUUUGCCAUCUAUUUCUCUCGAAGCGACGCGGUGGACGCAGUCUUCCCAAUCAUUCAUGGAUCCUCGGUAUCACCGGAAGGCGCGAUUUUAUGAUGAUAAAGGUCAGAAGUUCAUCCGUCGCGAGGACGAGUUCCGCCUACUCUACCUUACGGAUAUUGAGUCGAACCAGUAUGCGUCGCCACCUUUAUGUCCCUGGCUGCCUUUCGGGAUGACGGAUCUCAAGACUACUGCAAUUGAAGUUCGGAAGCACGCCUUUUGUGGGCAUCAGUUUACCUAUAACCACUGGGUUUGGGAAGGAAAUGGUGGGGUACGUAUUUAUGAUCACGGAAUUGCGUGGAAGUCGAAUACCAUACGGCCACGAGACAUUGGCCAUCGAAUCAUGCUUUUGCUAUUUCGAUUCCGAGCAAAGAUGUGUAUUCACUGGCGAGGUCGCCAUGGAAGGUCUCCAUUAGCACCACUGGAAGUUUCUUCCAGUGAAAAGUUGUCUCGAGCAGCGACUCGGAAUAUUUUCACCUGGACGUUGUCAGAUGGAAUUAAGCCUGAGGAAUCGGCAAUGUGGACGCAUGAAUGGCUUGAGGGCCUACUAGAUGAAGAGGAAGAAGAGGAUGAACAAGAUGUGGAACCAGUUUCUUCAGAUUGA